UGCAAGAACCACAAAAGCUUCUGAAACUAUCAUCCAAGCACAUAUAUAUAUAUAUAUAUAGCAGUAGUCCCGAUCAACGGCCAGAUCAAGGACCAAAAAAAAGAAGCAAUGAAGGGAAGCGUUUGCCAUGAACUCGACACCGACCUCCCCGUCGACGAGCUGUGGGCGGUCUACGGCACGCUCCGCCUCGUCCAGCUGGCCGCAGAGUUGCUCCCGAACAUCGUGCAAAAGGUCAGUACCGUCCACGGCGACGGCGAGGUUGGCACUGUGAUUCAGGUCAACUUUGUUCCCGGAAUUCCCGGCCCACCGUACCAGAAAGAGGAGUUUGUAAAGGUCGACAACGAAAACCGCGUGAAGGAAGCGAAGGUGAUUGAAGCCGGGUUCCUGCUGUUUGGAUUUCAAUCCUACUUGAUGCGCUUUGAGAUCGUCAAAAAGGACAACGACUCUUCCGUCAUAAGGUCGACGGUCGAGUACGAGAUCGACGACGAGCACGCAAGCAAUGCUUCUCUCGUCACCACCGACCUCGUAGCUACGAUUGCACAAGUCAUCGCGAAGUACCUCAAAGAUCAGAAGAGUUCUCCACCGAGCUCUUAAUUAAGCCUCCUUUCGAGUGCUGCAAGAAAAUAAAGAGAUCGAUCCGUUUCCUCGUUGUUGUGCCUCGUUGUUGUUGUUCUUAUUCUUAUGUCUAUUUGAUGAUGUACUGGUUUGUGAGAGAGAAAAAUAA